CCAUGCCGACCAAACCAGGAGUAAUGGUCAACGGUCAACGCAAACAUGGGGAUCUCCGUCUUUGUUGGAGAAGCUGAGACCCAUAUGCUGUUACUUGUUGGAUCUGACAGAUUUCUCAUCAAUGGCGAUCGUUUCUUCUAUCAUGUCUACUUCAGUAGAUCCUUCUUCUUCAAGAAUUUGUGUGCCUUACAAUACGCAGGAGAUCUUUGGUGACAUUGUAAAGUCGAAGCCGACAUAUCUUAGAUUUUGUACCUCUUCAAGGCUUAUAUCUUCCAGAAGAUGUGGCAAGUGGAGACUAGUGGCUUCGGGGGUGCCACUAAAGGUUACCCGUGAAGAAAAACACGAGAAUCUUGUGAUUUCUUCACCAAAUAAAGAACAUGACAUAUUUGAAGAAAUUAAGCAUCGGUUCCUGACCUUUAAGAAAGACAAAUACAUGGAGAACGUGGAGCGGUUUCAGAGUCUAGCCAAGAGCCAAUCCCCAAAGUUUAUGGUGGUAGCUUGUGCAGAUUCAAGGGUUUGCCCUUCAGCAAUCUUAGGGUUUCAACCAGGAGAAGCAUUUACCGUUCGUAACAUUGCAAAUAUUGUACCCACUUACGAGAGUGGUCCAUCUGAAACAAAGGCUGCAUUGGAAUUCGCUGUAAACUCUGUGCAAGUCGAGAACAUUCUUGUGGUCGGGCAUAGUCGCUGUGGAGGCAUCCGUGCCUUAAUGACUAUGGAUGAUGAUGAAACAGAAGAAGACAUAGACUCAAGGAGCUUCAUAAAAAACUGGGUCGUUGUCGGGAAAACCGCAAGAUCAAUCUCGAAAUCAGCUGCCUCUGGACUCAGCUUUGAUCAACAAUGUCAGCAUUGCGAAAAGGAAUCUGUGAACUGUUCGUUGCGGAAUCUAUUGUCGUAUCCAUGGAUAGAAGACAAGGUGAAGAAUGGGACUUUAUCGAUCCAUGGUGGCUAUUACGACUUCACUGAGUGCACGUUCGAGAAAUGGACGGUGGAUUAUAAGGAAAGAAGCCGCGUGGAGAGUAGAUUAGCGGUUAAGGAUCGGUCCUUUUGGAGCUGAACGAAUUUGGUUUAUUCGAUAUUUAAAAAACUAUUGAUACCGAUCAGAUUCUAAAUUCGAGUUUGGUUUGGUUUUGAGUGUGAAAUUUCGGUAGCUUUUUGAUUCGAUUCUAUUUUUUUUUUGUAACUUUU